AUGCGUCUCUUCUUCAUUCGACACGGCGAAACCGUGCACAACGUGGCCGGCCUCUAUGCCGGUGUUUGCGACUCGCAGCUGACGGCCCAUGGGGUCCUCCAGGCCCAGCGCCUAGGUGCCCACCUCGCCGCGCGGUCGGCCUCCGUCGGCCCUGUCGUCCGCAUCUUCUCUUCGGACCUGCAACGGGCCGCGAUCACGGCGCAAGCCAUCAUCGACGCCCAGACACCCAACCGGAGUAGCGGCAGCGGGGCCGGCGGUGGAUAUAGCUAUGGAAUCCCGGACCAAGAGCGGGCCGUCCGCCUCGUGAAGCUGCCCGACCUCCGCGAGCGUGACUUCCGAUCGGCCGAGGGGAAACCCUACGGCACGCCCCGUACAGACGCUGAGACGCACCAGGAGAUGGCUGCGCGUUCGGACCGCUUCGUGCGCACCCAUUUGGCCCCGGUGCUGUGCGACCGGAAUCUGCUGGAGUCACCGACCGAGGUCUCGGUGAUGGUUGUCGCUCACGGGCUGAUUCUGAAUUUCCUCUUGCGGUCGCUUCUGUCGAGGUUCGCGCCCGCAGAGCUCGCGCAGUUAGAGGGGCCUGGGACGGAAUACCUGUCCGCCUGGGGCAACACCGGCUACAUGGAGGCUACUGUCGGGUUGGCUCCACAGGACCCGACUGUUGUUCCGACGGGGGUGGAUAGCAAGUUCGAAGAUGCCGUGUCCACCAUCAGCACGACCCGGCCGAAGCGAAGGAUCAAGCUAAAUGUGCUGCGGCUAAACUCCUUGGACCACCUCGAUGGCUUGAAAAAGACCCGGGGAGGUAUUGGCAGUGCCCAGUUUGACAAAAACCAGAAGACGCUCGAUUCGUUUGUUCGUCCGAGUCCUAAAAAGCGAAAGCUUGGGGAGUGA